AUGGUGUUUUCUCCAGUUUGGAGUUUUCCAUAUAAAUCUUGUGUUUAUCGAUUGUUUUAUUUAAGUUCAAUUUCUUUUUGGUUUGUUGAUAGUUCUGAAGGAAUGAUCAUGGGGAGUGCUUUUGUUAAGGGGAGAUUGAUCACAGACAAUGUUCUAAUUGCAUUUGAGGUGAUGCAUCAUCUGCAAACAAAGUGUGUAGGGGCUGAGAGGUACAUGGCUCUGAAGUUAGAUAUGACUAAGGCCUAUGACCGGGUUGAGUGGAGUUUUUUGGAGGCUGUUAUGAUUAAAAUGGGGUUUGCUGGCAGAUGGGUGGAGAUGAUUUUAGAGUGCCUUAAGUCGGUCAAGUAUUCUGUGUUGAUUAAUGGCAGCCUAAAAGGAAGCUGGAGUCCAAAGAGGGGGCUGCGCCAAGGAGAUCCUCUUUCUCCUUAUUUGUUUAUAAUAUGUGCUGAAGCUUUGUCUAAGAUGUUAGAAAAAGCUCAUAAUGACAAGGUGUUUCAAGGAGUAAAGGUGGCUAGAGGUGCGCCAAGGAUUAAUCAUUUAUUUUUUACUGAUGACAGUUUACUUUUCUGUAGGGCUUCUGGAGAAGAAUGCAGUAGAGUCUUAGAAGUGAUACAUAAUUAUGAAGUGAUCUCUGGUCAAUUGGUCAAUAUCCACAAGUCGAAUGUGUUCUUUAGCAGGAACACCCCUGCUCUGAUUAUUGAUUCUAUAAAGGGUAUCCUGGGGGUUUCGGAAGCAAAAAUGCAUGAGCGUUAUCUAGGACUUCCAACUGUUAUUGGUAAGUCGAAGCGGGAGAUCUUCUCUUAUAUUCGGGAUAGAGUUUCCCAUCGAAUCCAUGAUUGGAAUGGGAAAUUGCUUUCUCGUGGUGGGAAGGAAAUUUUGCUAAAAUCUAUUGUGCAGGCAAUCCCCUCUUAUGCUAUGUCUUGUUUCAAGCUUCCUAAGUCAACUACUCGAUGGAUUAUGAAGCGGAUGGCGGGUUUUUGGUGGGGUUCAAAGGAGGGUCAGCAGAGAAUGCACUGGGCUGGCUGGGAUACUUUGACGAAAUCAAAGGAUAAUGCUUUUGGGCAAAAAUAUCUGGAGAUUUCUGACAAACCCAAACUCUUUGGUUGCCAAAUAUGGUUACAAGGUGUUAAUUCCUUAAUUGCUGAAAAUUCAAACCGAUGGAAUGAGGUGCGUGUGAGGUCUCUAUUUAUGCCAUUUGAACUUGAUUUAAUUCUCUCUAUUCCCCUGCCAUAUGAGCCUGUCCAAGAUUCUAUGAUUUGGAAUUGGGAGCCUAAUGGGCGUUAUACGGUCAAGACUGUCAAGAAUGCCAUUCCUACACACUCAAAUCUUAUUAACCGUCAUGUUGGGAGCCAUUCUUUAUGCUUAGGUUAUGGGGGUCCCUUUGAAGAUGUUGAUCAUGUGUUUCGGAAGUGUAUUGUUGCUGGCAGAUUAUGGAGAGAGCUCUCUCCUUGUGUGGCCUUUGAGUUGGGACAGGGAUUGUCGUUUAUUGAUUGGGUGGUAGCUGUUCUUCAAUCGGGGAAGCGGGACACUAAGAUCCUAUUUGCAACAGUCAUCUGGGUCCUGUGGGGAAGCAGGAAUUCUGUUCUUCAUGAUGGACAAUUGCACCAUGAGAAUCUUAAUUAUAAGGUAAAAAUUUUUGUAGCUGAGUUCAUGGAGCACUGUGGUGGCUCGAGGAGUCCCUCAAACCAGCAAGCAAAUGGGGUGGAAAGCUCCUGA